UAAAUACAGUAGAAUUCAUCGCAUAUACAAAAUUUCAUAAUUUUCGGGGAAUGUUUUUAAAUUAAUGAAAAUUAAUAUUAUAUUUGAUAUUAAAUAUGUGGCUGUAUGUUUCAGUAGUACUUUCAAGAUUUAUUUGAAUUCAAAUAUAUAUUAAUUGGUUAAUUAGCUUUAAAAUGAAAGAGAUUAAAAAAAAUAUCAAAUUUAUUGGAAAUGACAGAGAUAAUCAAAAUACAAUAGCUCAACUCGGAUCAAAAGUAGACUGCAAUGGAGUAAGAGGACAAAAUAACGAGUAAAUGACAAUUCAUAAUUAUAUUGAUUUUUAAAUUAAAUAAAAAGAUCUUUUUAUGAAUCAUGAUGUAUUCAUUACAUACAAGUACAGUAAAACUUCCGUUAACGAUCACCUCUAUGUAACAGUUAUUUUUUUUGGUCCUAUCAAGUAUUAAGCCUCUAUAGUCAAUAGGACACCUCUAAAAGACGAUAACCUCAAUAUAGUAGUCAUUAUUUCCAUUCUCUUCAAUGAUCUUUUUAUGGAAGUUUUGCUGUAUAAUAAAUUAAUAAAACAGUAAGCAGUUAAUAAUUGUGUCUUUUAAAAUCAAUUAUUUAUCUAAAUUAAAGUGUAUUGUUAUUUUUUUUUUCAAAAGGAAAUAUUUUAAAAGGAAACAAUGCCAUUCACCUUUUCGCCAAAGAAAAGUAUUACCUUUACAACAAAACUUUUUUCUACCUAAAUUCUAUUAUGAAAUGCAAGUAUACGCAUGUAAACUAUAAUGUGUAAUAUUAAAUUGAGUAUUCUUUUGAUUGUAAAUAACACAAAUUAGUAAUUACCUAUUCAUUUUAGAUCAUAUGGCAGUGUAGUGCAUUUAAAACUCAGAUAUAAAAAUUUGUAUGUGCCUUCAAAUUUUGUCAAGAUGACUUCUAAAUGGGUGGACGAAUUCCCAAAUAGCAGACCUUUCACUAUACCGGAUCAGGUCCAUAGUUGUCCAUUUCAUGUAUUUGGAAAAGAAGUGGAUAGGGCGAUUGAAGAAAAAUAUUAUACUUCUCCCACAGACCUUGACUUUCGGUAUUCGGCUAAGGUAAUGUUAACACAGUGAAACGUCUCUUAACGAACACCUCUAAAUACUGGAUACUUUUAUGGUAAUUUUAUGGCAAAUCAAGGUCUUUAACAAGUUAAAGUAACUGAUUUUUUUAAUUCAUGUUAAUUUUUAACUUGAAAUAAUUUACAUUUACAUUUUUAUUAAUAUUUUUACAUGCAUAAUAAUAACAUAAAGUUUGAUAAAGUAAAUUUGCGGUGUUUAUUUAGAACGUUGAAAGAUAAUAGAAUUAAUUUUGAGAGAUAGAAGACUUAUUUUAAAACUAUAUAAAGCUCAGUCAACUAUAAUUGAUAUUAAUGGAACAACAAAACAAGCUAAAAUUAGAAAAGAAGUCUGGCAAGGAUGCCCACUAUCACCAUAUUUAUUUAAUAUUUUCAUUGAAGCAUCAAUAAAUAAACUAAAAUGUAAGAUGGGAAGAAUAAAGAUCAAUGGACAAAGAGUUCAAAGCAUACGAUUUAUAGAUGACAUUGGAUUGCUAGCUGAGUCUCAAAAUUAUAUGAAUAAAAUGCUCAACAUCUUGGCAGAUAUAUUUGAUAAGUACUUGCUAAAGAUCAAUAGAUAGAAGACAAAAGCAAUGUUGAUAAGUAAGAUAAAUAACAAUGAUGAGAUACAUAUUAAUCUAAGAAACGAUCUGAUACAGCAAGUUAAUGAGUUUUGCUUUCUGGGAAGCUUAAUUACGAAUAAGAACUAAUUAGCAGUGGACAUAAAAAGAAGAAUAACUCUCGCCAAACAAGCUUUCCUUAAGAAAUAUAAUAUACUUAGUAUUAGGCACCUCAAACUUAAAACUCGUAAAAAGUUUAUUAGAACUUUUGUAUGAAGUAUCUUAUGUUAUGGUUGUGAGACAUGGACAGACAAUGAUGCAGAAAGAUAAAAACAAUCUGCAAGCAUUGGAAAUGUGGUUGUGGAGGAAGAUGAUUAAGAUCAAUUGGAUGGAACGGAAAUUAAAUGAAAGAGUUCUAGAAGAAAUAGAAGAGAAAAAAAGUCUGGUGAUUAACAUAAUGGAAAGGAAAAUCAAAUUUAUUGGGCACCUUAUUCGUCACAAUGAUUUUCUUAAUAAUAUAUUUGAAGGAAGAAUAAUGGGACGAAGACCAAGAGGAAGAACAAAUUAUUUCCAUGAUAUAAAAGAGAGAUGGACUGCGCAUCCUACCAACAACUAAGGAAGCAGCAAAAGACAGACACACAUGGCUUACUCGACAAGGCGUUGCCUUCAGAACAUGACGGUGAUGAAUAAUAACAUAAUUUUAAAUAAUAAUAUGUAUAGUUAAUAUUUGUUUUAAGAUAAUAAAAAUAUACAUAUUACAUUUAUAAAUGUUGUAUAUAGUUAUUAAUUUCUCAGAGUUAUUUUCGAGAAUUUUUUUCCCCCUCUGAAUAGCGUCCUUUAAGGGCGACCAAGAGUGUCUGGUAUUUAGAGGUUUCACUGUACUUAAAAUAUUUUGCCAACAAAAAAAUAUACAUCUUUCAAAUAACUAGGUACCUAUGUAUCAGUUUUCUGCAAGUCUAAUAUAUGAAAAUCUUGAUGAUGUUUGUUGUAUAUAUUGUUACACAGGGUAAUUCUUUUAUCAAUGAACAUUGAUUAUUACAUAAAAUAUUGAUUUUUGUCCUUAUUUCAUGGGUGACAAAAAAUAAUAGUAGUAUAAAAUUUUAGAUCUGCUUAUUUCUUAAAUUGUCAAAAUAAUUUUUUAUUUUUUUUUUCAAAAAAAUUUAUACUCUACAAAAAAAUGAAUGAAAACGAUAAAAGAAUCACCGUAUAUAUGUUUGUUGAUAUAAUAUAUAAAUGUAUCUUAAAUUUGAAAUAUCCUUAUAAAAAUAUAUGUUAUAAAGGUAAUGCUUUUAAGUCUACCGACUUUGGAAGAGUUUUAUAAAGCCUGUCUGCCAGAAAUGCAAUCAAGCGGUCCAUGUGGUCGUCAUCCGGCGCAUGUAAUUCAAUUUUUAGUUGGUCUGUCAGAUCAAAGUAAACCAAUGGCUAUCGGAGGUGCAUGGAGUCCAUCACUGGAUGGACCAAACCCUGAGAGUGAUCCUACAGUGCUUGUUAAAACAGCAAUCAGAACCUGUCGUACAAUAAUUGGUCUUGAUUUGUCUAAAUGCAAUUUAUGGUAUGUAUUUAUUUUGCUACUUGUUAUAAUAAUAGAAGUCUUUAAAAUUAAGUUUAAAGGGAGAUUUUAAUUUUAACUAGAAGAUAAUUUUGUUUAUUUGCUAAAGCUUUCAGCUACAAUUCAAAUAUUCUAUUACAUAGUAUAUAAUAGGUCAAUUUACUUUUAUUAACAUAGUAUGGUAAAUAUAUCAUGUUAUUCAAAUUUUAAAUUACACUGUUAACAUUUAUUGAAUAGUUAAAUAUAUUCUUUUAAGUGACCUGGGUAAUAAAAAUAAUGAUGUAUCUAGGUAUAAUACAUUUAUACUUGAUACUAGUUUAAUAUUACUAUAGUCCGUUAUCUAUGGGUACAAAAUUAUAGUUUAGUGGAGAAUUACCCAUCAAAGAAGAAUAUCUUUGAGGGUAUGAUUAUUGUUUUUAAUAUUGUAAUUAUUUACAUGUAUUCUUAAUUAUUAUUGGCUAAAUUUAUCUACUACUUUUUAUCUACAGGAAUCUAUUUUUUAAACUGGAGUACAGUCGCCGCAGUAUAGAUGGUGUUAACCGUACAGAAACUGUUGUUAUGUAUGUACCAGACGUAUGGAAUUGUGUUCCGACUAGCGAUGAGUGGAAAACAAUAGUUACCACUCACAAAGCGAUGGCAGAUCAAAAACUCAAUGUCUUCCAGGAGCCUCUACAGACAUCAGCGGUAAAAAAAAAACUUGAAUAAUCUUAGAGCUCGAGACUUUUAUAUUACUUAAAAAAUAAAUUAAAACAUAGUUUUUUAAAUGAUACAUGGUUUAUUUUAGUUUUAUAAUUUGUAACAUUAAGUUUGGUCACCAUAAAUUCUAUAAGUAUAUGCAAUAUUGCAUUUCUAUAAUAAUAAAUAUAUUUGUAGUGUUUUGCUAGAUUGACAAAUUGUAUUGCUUUUUCUUAGUAUCAAAACGUGAACACUGAUUUGAAGAAAGAAGUUGAUGAAAAACCUGACUCUAACACAUUGUUGAUGUGGAUGCGGCAGGAUACAGAUCUGAAGACAGAACUGGAAAGCAAAAGUCUGUCUAGCGUUGGCAGUAGGGCAGUGUUGGUCGAUCGGUUGAUCAGCUAUAACAAAGAUCUAGUGGAGUCAGUUGGCAGUGGUAAAACAAUUAAUAAAAUUAAUGGUGACAACGGUGUGUUGGAAAGUGCAUACAAAGCAAUAUACAAUUUACCGGAUCAACCAAGCCUGUUGGUGUACCCACACAGGACAAUGAAGUCUAGCAAAUUCGAUUGUACCAUUUUGUCCCUUUCCGAGUUAUUGAAUUAUCCGCGGACAAUGAGUCGCACAAAAGUUUGUAAAAGUUAAUUUUUAUUAGUGGCUGGUCAUCCACCGGUGCGAGGCCGUUGUUUUAGCCUGCAAAAUAAUUUGAUACCUUAUUUUAAAAUUUUGGUUGGAUUUUAUUAUAGUAUAUAGUUUUCUUUUUUCUAUAUCUGUAAACAAAAUUAUAACUUGUUUCAAUCAUAAACAUAAAGAGUUUAUUGUACCUAUCUAAUUUUUCUGGUUACUGUUUUAACCCUACCUAUUGUCAAAUCCUUCUGUUAAAGAAUGGAAAAAAGCUGAAAAAAAUAUUAAAUCAAAGGUGGUGGAAAAGUUGAAAAAAAUUAUUGCCCAUGUGAUGAGUGUGAAAACUAAAAAAGGCUAUUGGCCUACUGGUUUCUUAAAAAAAAACUAUUUAUAAUAUUGUAGAGAAACCUAACAUUAAUGCUUACUUACUCUAAUAUUGAUGAAUUUGAUUCUUAUGAAAUUAUAAGAUUCUGAGCAGAAGAGGAAUUUAUUGGUUUUACAAUGAUGAUUAUUUUUUAUUCUAUAAACAACUUUUCUAUCAGAAAUUUGUCUAAAAGGAAAUCUGACUGAGGUGAUACUUUAGGGAGGUUAUUUUUUGAUUUUCCCAAUAAAUGGGAAAAACUGAACAUUUUACAAAAUUUAUUAUUUUCAAGUCAUAAAUAUUAUAGCUUUUCAAAAUGUAUAACUAAACUCCAAUCAGAAUCGUUUUUCGUUAUCAAUUAUUAAUCUAUACAUACAAACACACAUUAAAUUUCCCUUCUACCUUCCCAACUUCUCAUAUACAACUGUAGCCCACCCAUCCUGCGAAGUAUGUCUAUUUGUUUUAUUUAUUACCUAUUUAUUGUAGAUAUUUUUGCAGGAACAUUCAUUUGAAGUGUAUUUGUUUUGUGAGUUAUUCAAUGAAAUGUUGACACGAGAUUUUGGCUACAAUAUUUUCAAAUCUAUUGUUUUGACACACGCGAUACCUUCAGUACACACAACAAAAGAAGAUUUGAGUUUGGUAACAAACUUUAUAAAAGCCCAGAAAAUCGAAUCAGCAAAGGAGAUAAAAACUGGCCAAAUACUUGAUUUACAAGUAUACUUAUUAUCGUAUGCUUUUUUCGACGUUCAUUCUGCUGGAUAUGUACUGGAAACGGAUCUCGAAAAUUUAUUUUAUUGCAUUGGAUUAGAAUUAUCAAAGGACCAAGUAUGUAAUUUUAGUUUCGUUCUCUUAAUAACUAGGGCUGUACAUUUAUAGCAAAUACAAUGUUUUAAUUUAUAGGCUUUUUCAGUAAAAAUUUUAAAUUAGAUGUAUAACAGUGAACUUAAAAAUGUGUUUUUCUUCACCUCCAUUCCAAUUAUUUGUGGUCAACCACCUUUAUCCUAAACUUCAACUUGACCAGGUCCCCCCACGUUGUCAAUCAUAUCCAACAAUUCCUCUCUGUAUUUUUCCUCCUACAUUAAUUUUCAUUACAAUUUUUACUGCUUCAGAUUCCUCUUUAUUCAUAACAUGCUCAAACCAUCCCAUUUUCACUCAUUUUCUCCAUUUUUAAAGCCAUCCCUAAGAGCUACCUUUUAUGUAUUCAUUCCUUAUCCUAUUUUCUCUCAUAAUUCCACUCAUUCUCCAUUUUUUUGUAGAUUCUGAGCGGAACAAGGAAUUUAUUGGUUUUACAAAGAUGUUAUUAUUUUUUUUAUAUUGGCUAUAAAAUUUCUACUAGAAAUUUUGCUCUGAGGUAUCAAUUGUACUCUUCCUGAAAAGGAAUUUUUCUAUGGUGGAUUUUCCCAGAAAUAUUUAUAAUAAAUGGGAAAAAAAGGAAAAUUUACUUAGUAUAUUAAGGUGGGAACAGACUAUUGUCACGUCAUGUGAGCUCACGUGUUGUCACGUUGGCAUAUUUUAACCGUGAUGUCACGCUUAGAAACAAACUAUUGUCACAUUAUCAAGUUGUCAUGCUUUAUCACGUCACAGUUUUGUUCAGAGUCACUUUUGACUGUAAGAUUGUUGAAUGAACACCAUUGUUUAUGUACUGUGUUCGCACACAUUUUUAUUUUAUAAUAAAUUUAAAAUGGAUAGAGAAACUUCAAGUAGUUCAGAGUGGGAAGAAGAAUUGGAAACAGCAGCUGUAUUUGUGGUUUCAGAUGAGGCAAAUAAAAAAACCACCCGAUCAAUCUGGGUACAUGAAAUCAAUAAAAAAAGGGAACAAUUGGGCAAAUUCCAUUGUUUGGUUCAUGAAUUACGAAAUCAACCAAAACGGUUUCACAUGUAUUUCCGAAUGAAAAAAGAAUAAUUUGAUUAUUUGCAUGAUCUUACAAAAGACAUACAAAAGCAAAGUACUCAAUUUCGAAACAUGAUGUUCGCGAACUUUUUCAAUGAGAAGUUCAUCCAUAAUAAAAAUUUUAAUUUUUUUUAAAGUUAAUGAACUAGCUUAAAUUGUUCUUAAUAUUAAGAACGUUAUAAUAAUACGUUAUAAUUAUAUGUACAUACAAAUUAUGAAUAAUUAAUAAUUCAAAUUAUAAAUAAUAACAAAAUAGACAAAAUUUGUGAGCUCACUCAGUCGAAAAUGUGUGUGAAGUUAGAAAAUCAAAACGUGUCAUCAUGGUUCAUCACGCGUGAAGUAGGAAAUAUGACACGACACGCGUGAGGUGACGUUAAUGUGGUGCUGAUACAUUAAAAUACUGUAUAAACCUAUAUUCCACACUUUUUUCUCGUCACGUGAGCUCACGUGACGAUAGUCUGUUCUCACCUUUACUUUCAAAUUGUAAAUAUUAAGGCCUUUUAAAACAUGUAUAACCAAACUCUGCUCAGAAUCGACUUUUCGUUAGUAAUGAUUAAUCGUUGCGUACAGAUGUACAUUAAAUGUCCUUUUCUUUUGUUCCUUUCUUUCUUACAAAUCUUUUUCAAAGCCACUAUUCUUUAAUUUAAAACUUUUGUUUCUGUAUUUUUUAUAGGUACCUAUUUUUAAAAUUUUAUGCUAACUUUUAAUAGGAGACAAUUUGAAACAUUAAAUACAUAUAAAUAUUAUAGUUUAAUUAUAAUUCACUUAUUUUUUUAAAGCUAUAUUAUUAAUCAACUGUUAAAAAUAUUAAUUAAGGACUAUCUUAGGAAAAAUUGUUUGUUUAUGAAAUAUACGGGUAGUGAAUUUUAAUGGACAUAUUUGUUAUAAUAAUGUAUGACAUCAUAGGUUCUGCCAACUCUCCUCCCGCCUAAAUUAAAUAUUUUCAUUCAUUUCCACAAGAUGCACUCAAUGAUUUAACCAUAUAAUCUCUUCAGUAAUUUCAAAAAUAAAAAAAAAAUCUGCUAAUGAUUAAAUAUAAACUUCUAUAUGUUUAUACACAAUUUGUUUGUUAUUAAGAGAACAUUGUACCCGCAUGUUCUAUUUCCGCCAUACAACUGUGUGACACCAAAAUUUUGUUCCACAGGGACAACUUAAACUACUGUUAGUUUAAAAAUUACGAGUGAAUUGUUAUCAAACUCAAAGAAAUGAAUAUUAUCAUGUUGUCAUAUCAUAUAUUUGUUUUCGUUAUUUCAAUUUUUAAUCGAGUUAAAAGCAUUUUCAAUUGUAAUUUUUCAAACGAUCAGAUUUCACGUAAAAAUUAAAAAAAUAAGAAAUAAUCAACUAAACAACACAAAUAAUGUUUAUAUUUUUGAAUUUGUUGUGUCCAUCUGUAUAUUUACCGGUGUUGAUUUGGUUGCUGAUAAAUGAAAAUUGAAAAUUAACGUCAUAUAUUUGAAUUCACACAGGUUCGGAAUUUCGUUAAGUACAUUGAAAAAUAAUUUUUGUAAACUUUGGAUAUAAGUUAACCCCUUCACGUGCAUCUAAGGGGUUGAAGUUAGUAAAAACAUUGUGGUUUUUAAAUUAUUUUGUUUGAAUUUUGAACAUACAAAAAUGUAUCGAAAACUUUAUUAUAGUAAAAAAUAUUUCCUACAUAAUAGCUCUCUUUAAAAUUUCAGUGAAACUUAUCAAUAUACGUGAAAAAUCAGUUUAAAAUUUGGUAGAUUUUAAAUUUUAAAUAAUCUUGAAUUUUCUAUUACAAAUCUACCAACUCUUAAAUCGAUUGUUCACAUAUAACUGUAAGUUUCACUGAAAUGUUAAGAAGAACUAUUUCAUAAGAAAUCUUUUAUACUAUAAUAAAGUGUCCAAUAAAUAAUUUGUAUCUUAAAAAAUUCAAAAACAUUCACUUUUACAAACUUUAACUCUCUUGAGGCACGUGAAGGGGUUACUUAUCAUACCCAAAAUUUACAAAAAUUAUUUUUACUAUGUACCAACAGAAUUUUGGGUCCGCAGCAUAAAAUUAUUAAAGUUCAAAAAAUAAUCACCUUACAAAUUUUAAAAAUGACCUGUCAACUAUUUACAAAUUAUGAUAUUUAAUUUAUUUGAUUUCUACACGCAGAAGUUAAGACACCAGUAACUUUGUAUGGCGGAAAACGUGAAAUCAUUUUUUAAAAAGCUAUGUCUAACAGAGUUGCUAGAGACCUAACCUUUAAGGCUACUAAAUAUUUAGUUACAAGUACGAAUGAUGUACAUGUACAAUUUUUCCAUGUGUGGCCCUUUAACAUAAUGAAUUUGUUAUUUUAGACGAAAAAUCUCAUGUCUAAGAUACUACAGAGCAAUUCAUAUAAAAUUAAUUACGUAAGAAUUUUGAAGCAAUUGCACAGUUACAGUUAUGACGGUUUAAUUAUUUUUCAAGAUCCUCAAUCUGGUAAUAACCUUUUUAUGUUGCAUUGUAUCAUUAAAGGAUCAUCCAACUCAAAAAAUCAAAUUAUUUUAUUACCGUAAUACAUAGAAUAUAGUUCAACUAGCAUUAUGAUAACUGUGCUACACUACUAAAGGGUCUCUUACAUUGAGCGAUUUUACACGCUGUGUGUCGGCGAUUAAAGUUGCGCGCGCGUGAGCGUGUAGCGACUUGUCCGAUUACAUUGAGCGAUUAAUAAAUUCGCUCGCUCGCUAGUCGCGCACACGCAUUCAUGUGAUAUACAUGUAUAUGCAUGUGACAAGAAGUUGUCAUUUGUUAUAGAUAUUGAUAUAAUUCAUUCUUUCGUCUAGCAAUCCAAUUUCUAACCCAAAUUCUUUUCUUCUUCUUAGUUUUCCUUUUUUCCAAUUCCUGACGCAAUAAAUGAGAUACAAUAACAACACUCGCGCGAGCUACAACCUCCGACAUCUUGCAACAACAAAUAGUCGCAAGCACACUAGCGAUUUUACUCGCUGGAGUGUAAAAUAGCCAGCGAAUAGCGACAAAAGUAGCCCGGCCGUCAACUUUAAUCGCGGGCGAGCAGCGAGUAUUCAACACGCGGCGUAGAAAGCGACUAGAACGAUUACAUUGAGCGACUUUGGUCGCAGCGAGUAAAUUCACCGGCGACUAGCGUGUAAAAUCGCUCAGUGUAAUCUACCCUUAAGUGAAAACUAUCAAACUAUCUAUUUACUCGGUUCUUUCUAAAAACGAUCGACUAUUGAAAUUAUUAGAUCAUCGAAUAGUUCAUUUUAUUUAAAACAAUCACUAUUUAGUUAAAAAAAACUUGAUCUAAUCGAUAGUCAAAACCUGUUGGUGCUACUACCGAAUGUAAACGAUCGACUAAUUCAUUCGAUGACGGAUAAAAAUAUUUAUUCAAUCGAUAAAUCACUGUUGUUUUUUAAACUAUUAAUAAUCAAACCUAGUCGGUUCCGCCCAUCACCAUUUGUGACUAUCCAUUGUUCGUUAGUUACGGUGAUUUUUAACAUUGCGCGUGACGUCACGGAUUUAUAGCGGCCACAUACAAUGCAAUAUUUAUCCGUUUUUGGUUUAACGUAAAAUAACUGCUAAUGAACUUAUUUUUUUUUUCUGAAUGAUCUAAUCAAAUGUAUUUAAGAUAAAAAUAAUACGAAUAUUACGAAUUUACUAUACAUUAUUAUGAUCAUAAAGAUAUUAAUAACUUUAAUACAUCGAUAAAACUAUAAUAUUGUUAUGAAAAAUAAAUAUUAAUGAUAUAAAAUUAAAAAUAAGCUCAGCAGUACCACAGAAUAUAAUAAGCACUCUUAUGACAAUGCCACAGUGGUGUUUUAUAAUAUAACAGUUAUUUUUUUUUUUAUAAUAAACCAAAAUGUGACACAAUUAUAUGAAUAAAAAGAUUAUAAGUUACAUUUGAUUAGUUCAUUAGCAGUCAAACUAAAUUACCAAAAACCUAAAAAUAUUUCCGCGUAUUAAAAUAUAUGACUGCGGCAAACGAAUCCGAAACAUCACGCGCAAUAUUAAAAAUCACUGUAAUUAGUGAAUUAGUUUUUGUCAUAGUAUGUGAGUACUAUAAUUUAAACCAAAGAUAAUUGUUUGAGUUGGAUGGUUCUUAUUAAAUAUACCUAAUUAAAUAUUUCAAUUUUUAACAUUUAGUAAUUAUGGACAUAUUCAAUGGGAAAUCUAAUCAUGAGAUAUAUGGUUUAAGACCUAUUCACAAAGAACAAUUAAAAGGUAUGUUACAUCUUACUAUAUCGUCUAUAUACCAUAAAGACUGUUCCAUUUGGAGUCCCUUCUAGUUUUCUCAAUAAAUGGGAAAUCCGGGAAAAUAAGUACAAUAACAUGAUGUAUAAUAUAUUGUUGACAAAGCAAUUACACUAUCAACUGAUAUACAUUAAAUUACCUAUAAUAAUGGUUGCACCUGUCCCCAUUAUUCUACGACAGCUUUUAUUUUAUGCAAGUGGUUAACAUGUAAACUGUGUAACUAAUAUGCACUAACUGUGCAUCAACAUUCAGAUGGAACGUCUUCUUUAUAUAUUCAUUAUAUUAGUAGGUAUAUAUUAUAAAAAUGAUUAACGGUCAUUAAAAAUAAAUAGGUGAUAGUUCUAUACAAAUAUCCAAUCAGAAAUCCAAACAGUUGAAAAUAUAUGUUGAUCAAUUUAAAAAGAAAAUAUCUACAAUAAAAACAAACUUGAUAAAAAUAGAGGUAAUAUGAUUUUAAUUAUUUAACAUUAUUAUUUGUACCUUAUUCCAUCAAAUAGAUUACAGAGAACGAAUUGAAAGGUAUCCUGGAAAAAAUGGAAUAGAUGAUGGACUGAAGGGAAUAUAUGAAUUUGUCAAAAAAAAAAAAAAAAAAAAUGGAGAACAGAGUAUUACUGGUCAACAAUGAAUACAAAUUCAGUUUUAGCAUAUAAUGUUUGUUUAUUGUAAAGUCUAAUAUGACCGCAAAACUUUCAUUAAAUGAAUUAAUUAAAUUUAAAAAUUACACAAUUUAUUCAAUUUUUUUUUUUUUUGUUUUAAUUGUUUUAUAUAUAAAGUAUAUUAGUAGUGUAAUAAUUCUGCCAAAAAUUGAAAAAUUAUAUUAUUAUAAUCUAAUGUUAAUACAUCCUUCUUUAAAUGUACAGUAAUAAAAAAAUAUAAACUGUUCACAAAAAGUACAGGAAGGAUAAACAUGUGCACACCCUAUUGAAAAAAUAAUUCUAUGGACUUAUUUUGUAUUAAAAAAAAAAAAAAGUACAAAAUAUAAAUAAAUAAAAAAAAUUACACAAAAAAAUUGAGAUAUACAUCAAGUUGUAGGCAUUCUAUUAUGUACAUACAAUACAUACACAUCAUUAUAUGUUAGACCCUGAUAGACGUUAGUCCAAGUAUUUAUACACUUUAGCCAAAGGAUCCAAUUUUUAUAAUUUUUUUUUUUAUUUAACUUUUUAUUUAUAUAUUAUUGUACAUAAGCAAAACGAAAUCAACAAUACUGCUCACGCAAAACAGUAUGGCAUAUGAUGACUGUGUAAAUGGCUCGGCAAUAGGCAUUUAAGCAGACGUCUUGACAGGUUUUCUUUGAGGAAAAUCUAA